UCUCCUCCUCUUCCUGCCCGGGCCCGGUAGUCGCUGUGUACCCACGUGUGUGUGUUGUGUGCCCGGUGUUCGCUCUACUGAUCAGGAUGAGUUUCGCGCACCAUCAUGAGUCGGAGGAUGGCCGGUGUUGUACCGAGAAUAGGCCGAUGCAGAGUUAUAUGUUCGGCUGUGAAUUGUCAUCGAAGAUCUCCCAUUACACCUUCCGGGGCGAGGAGGACGAUGACUGCGAGCACAACCUCUCCCUCUGCUCUAUCAGCCUCGGGGAGGGAGUCCGGGACGAAUACAAUGUUGUAGAAGUGACAGCCCGCAAUCAUGCCAAUGAGGACACCACCGUGCCCAUCGCCACGCUGAAGCUCUCCUGCCAGACUAUGGUAAACUUGAACAACUUUGUGAUCGAGCCGCCGGUGACAUUUCGCCUGAAGUCUGGCUCAGGACCGGUCCUUCUUUCUGGGGAAGUGAUUGUUGUACCGCUGGACUUGGAUUCCAGAGAUGAGGAUGAAGAUGAUGACUCGGAUGAGGAUGAUGAGGAAGAGGAGGAGGAUUUAACUCCCAUAAAACCAGCCGACAAGAAACUGAGAAAGUGAUUUCCCGCAGUCUGUGUAUUCUGACCUACAUUGAGGUUCAUUUACCAAAGGAGUAGAGCAUGUUCACUUCCAAAGGGAACUUUCACUUUGCUAAAUGAAGUGAAGCUCUGCUGACUUCAAUCAUAUGCCAGCAAAAUCCUAUUUUUAACUUUCCUUGCACAUGAUUGAUAUUCACUUUGCAAAGUGAACUUGGAUCUACUUCUUUAGUAAAUCAACCCUACUGACGUGGAGAUUUUGUGUAAUAUAUGUAAAUCCAAGAAUUGUAUGUGGAUCGAAGGUGUAAAGAGUCUUAAUUUUUCAGUUAUGGAUGGACAUUGGUGGGCUGAGCUCUCCACCAUAUUCUUGUAUCUCUGGGCAUUAUGCAGCCAAAUCUCAAGUUCCUGACUCCUUACCUUGGAAUCCAGCCGUGAGGGCAAUUAAAGACCAUUAGUGGAGGUGAUAAGAGGGGUUUCAGUGCCCUAUGCCAAGACCUCUAUAAAGCUGGUGAUUUGGUUAAAGGGGAGUUCCAGCCUUCCAGGCGAGGAGUGGAUUAAGCGGAAGCUCCACUUUUGGGUGGAACUCCGCUUUAAGCCAUUCUAUGUCCUUCCAUAACUAAAUUACCAGUUGGUAAUGGCUUGUAACACUAUUCCUAUAUCUAUAGAUGGAUCUAUAGGUAUCAGAGUGCCUUUUUUUGCAUUGCCAAAUAUAUUUUUGUACUUGAAAUUUGAAUCGUUUUUUUUUUUUGUACUGUUUACAUAUGUAGAAUGUUUUACGUCAAUUUGUAAUGGUGCGGUAGUGUGUUGGUUAGUUAGGCUUUUCGCACUGAUGAGUUGUGACUUUUUUGCUGUGGUUUGUUCUCCAAAUAUACCGGAAUGGCUCCCCAAAGCUUUUGCUGUGAUGGCCAAUAACCUUAAUAGAAGGUUCUGGACAUUCUAGAAGUUGAUGCUCAGUUGGAUUCUGAUUGGCUGCGGUGGACAUAAAUUCACAUUCCUUUGCUUUUAUAUAUUGGCCUCAUGGUUGACGAAAAUGGUGACCAUGCCCAAUCGGGACUAAGUGACGCAUUCUCAUGAUAGGGUCCCUAGAUUUUCUGAAUUCCCUGUUGUCUAUUUUCCCUACAAGAGCGUGAAGUGUAAGCUUCAUGUCACAUGGUAUCGGAGCGUACACAGGGGAAUGGCUUGUGCGUGUGAAAGCUUGGAAUCUAAUGGAAGUGAGAUAUUGGUGCUUUUGUGUUCUUUCAAAGGGUCUGUGCUGUGUAGAAGUUGACCUUGUUCUGGUCCUGGGCUGCUAUCGCUCUGAUGGUGUCAAGAGGACUUGUAGUAGAUAUCAAAGUUUUAGGGUGGUGUCUAGGGGUGCCCAGUAUCAAAGUUUGUGACAAUUGAUGCCCCGUACACACGAUCUGAAUUUCCGAUGGAAAUAGUCGGACAGACUUUUUCCAUCGGAAAUUCCGACCGUGUGUAUGCCCCAUCAGAGUAAUUUCAAUCGGAGUUUACAACACAUGUUCUCUUUUACUCCAAUGGGGUAUAAGAGUUUUUAAUCCAAAUUUUUAUUUGACAAAGGCUAUCGAGAGAAGCCAAUGUGUUUCUAGGGAAUUGUCUAAAUAUCAAUUGUAAAUUGAUAUUUAGACACUUAGAACUGUCUUCAUGCUUGUUGCUUUUAAAUCUUUAAUAUUUUACCUAAUCUGGGAAGCAGGCAGGCGCCAUCGAGGAUGUGGGCAUCUGAAGGGCGCUCGUGUGUAUUUCCGGGAUUUGGUGCAGCUGGCUACCCAGCAUGCACCUCCCCAUCUCGCUCCUGUGCAGUAACAACACUGUUCUUUCAUUACAGGUUGCAAUAGCAGUGUUGGUGGAAAUUUCUGCCCCGUUAUGGUAACCUGUCAACGAAAGGGCAACCCUGAGGGCGCCCAACUCCUCCCGAUAGCGUUGUUUACGGUCUCCAAAUACGGAAAGAUUUAAGCUCCGUUAACAUGCUCCGGCCGCGGCUCACAGCAUUGGGUUCCUGUGCGUUCCUGUUCACCAAUUUCAGGUGAGAAUCGGGUCCAAGUUUUUGCCUGAAUUCACACCUGAAUCGGACCAGAAGAUGCACAGGACCGACCCUUCUUCAAUGUGGACCGCGGCCGCCCCGAAGCUGUGUGGACUGACUCCAUUGAGAGCCGGUCACCCUCUCCUGUAAUGCGAAUUGGAUGUGGAGAAACACGAUUCAAAUUCACAUAUUUGUGAACCCGGCCUUGGGCUUCCGGAAGACUCCUGGGAUAGAUGAUGCCCAAUAUCACAGGAGUCAGUUGGAAUUGCCCAACGAGGUCAUCGCCUGGGCGGCUGGCACAUCAAGUACCACCUCGAUAUAUAGUGAAAAGGUAUUUAGAAACUCGCACACACACUAAAAAAAAAAAAAAAAAAGUGAUGGUUUUAUUAAAAUCCUAACAGCUGAAUAUUACAAUGGAAAUGAAACUUUUUCUAACAAUGUGAAAUGGAUCGUGUACCAAUUGUCAAUGUUCUGACGCUAUUUUAGAUAAAUGUGUUGUUUUUUUUUUUACUUUCAAUGUAAUUGCUGCUUGAGAAUUUCUUCUGGUUUGAAUUAUUUUUGUAAAGAAUAUUUUUAAUUGGAGGUAUUUGGUGGGAUAAACUCCAGCAGCAAUUGUGAUGGUAAUGUCAUUUUUCAGAAUGGUACAAAUAUAUUUUUCAUCUACAACGAUUUGAUGUAAUAUUGCCUGCUCUGUGGAAUAAAGAGCUUCUAAUUGUUUUCCAAA